AUGGUAGUGGCAGUGCCCCUUCUGAACGUUAGAGAAAGCCAUGGUCUGCAUCUGAGAGCGGCAAGAACAUACGGCCUCAACGCGGCGUGCUCAUUGUGCCGUCCUCAUCGCCUGGCUGUGGCCGUCAUCCAUCUACUACAUACACUCAAGUCAGUGCCAGCCGACCACACGACGACCCACUCGACGACCACACGCCGACCACACAACGACCACAGGCCGACCACACGUCGACCACACGACGACCACACGCCGACCCACACCCGACGACCACACGAGACACAUGCCGACCACACGACUACACAAGACGACCACAACACACGACGCACGCGGCCACACCACACGACCCCACGCCGACCCACACGACGACCCACCAAGCCCGACACACACGACCACACUCGACGACCACAAGCCGAGCAUACGACAACCACAUCAACGACCACUAGCCGACCACACACGACCACAAGCCGACCAACGACGACCACUCCUCCCCUGAGCCUCGUACGAUCCACACAACGGAUACCACUCGCGCAGAACCACACGCCGACCCACCUGGCCGACCACACACCAACCACACGACGCACUCAACGACGGACCACAAGACCGUACCGACACGACGACAUCCACCGCGACGACACACUGAGCGACCACACGCCACGUACCAACACUGCCGACCACCACGGAGUCCGACACAUGGUCCGUAACUCAACGCCGAACCACACUGCCCUGCGACAGGUCGGUACCGAAGAGGCCUAUGAGGGAGGGCAGGGGGGAGGGGUGGGGGGGGGGGGGGGGGGGGGGGGGGGGGGGGGGGGGGGGGGGGGGGGGGGGGGGGGGGGGGGGGGGGGGGGGGGGGGGAUUGGGGGGGGGGGGGGGGGGGGGGGGGGGGGGUGGGGGGGGGGGGGGGGGGGGGGGGAGGGGGGGGGGGGGGGGGGGGGGGGGGGGGAGGGGGUGGGGGGGGGGGGGGGGGGGGUGGGGGGGGGGGGGGGGGGGGGGGGGGGGGGGGGGGGGGGGGGGGGGGGGCGGGGGGGGGGGGGGGGGGGGGGGGGGGGGGGGGGGGGGGGGGGGUGGGGGGGGGGGGGGGGGGGGGGGGGGGGGGGGGGGGGGGGGGGGGGGGGGGGGGGGGGGGGGGGGGGGGGGGGGGGGGGGGGGUGGGGGGGGGGGGGGGGGGGGGGGGGGGGGGGGGGGGGGGGGGGGGGGGGGGGGGGGGGGGGGUGGGGGGGGGGGGGGGGGGGGGGGGGGGGGGGGGGGGGGGGGGGGGGGGGGGUCGGGGGGGGGGGGGGGGGGGGGGGGGGGGGGGGGGGGGGGGGGGGGGGGGGUGGGGGGGGGGGGGGGGGGGGGGGGGGGGGGGGGGGGGGGGGGGGGGGGGGGGGGGGGGGGGGGGGGGGGGGGGGGGGGGGGGGGGGGGGGGGGGGGGGGGGGGGGGGGGGGGGGGGGGGGGGGGGGGGGGGGGGGGGGGGGGGGGGGGGGGGGGGGGGGGGGGGGGGGGGGGGGGGGGGGGGGGGGGGGGGGGGGGGGGGGGGUGGGGGGGGGGGGGGGGGGGGGGGGGGGGGGGGGGGGGGGGGGGGGGGGGGGGGGGGGGGGGGGGGGGGGGGGGGGGGGGGGGGGGGGGGGGGUGGGGGGGGGGGGGGGGGGGGGGGUGGGGGGGGGGGGGGGGGGGGGUGGGGGGGGGGGGGGGGGGGGGGGGGGGGGGGGGGGGGGGGGGGGGGGGGGGGGGUGGGGGGGGGGGGGGGGGGGGGGGGGGGGGGGGGGGGGGGGGGGGGGGGGGGGGGGGGGGGGGGGGGGGGGGGGGGGGGGGGGGGGGGGGGGGGGGGGGGGGGGGGGUGGGGGGGGGGGGGGGGGGGGGGGGGGGGGGGGUGGGGGGGGGGGGGGGGGGGGGGGGGGGGGGGGGGGGGGGGGGGGGGGGGGGGGGGGGGGGGGGGGGGGGGGGGGGGGGGGGGGGGGGGGGGGGGGGGGGGGGGGUGGGGGGGGGGGGGGGGGGGGAGGGGGGGGGGGGAGGGGGGGGGGGGGGGGGGGGGGGGGGGGGGGGGGGGGGGGGGGGGGGGGGGGGGGGGGGGGGGGGGUGGGGGGGGGGGGGGGGGGGGGGGGGGGGGGGGGGGGGGGGGGGGGGGGGGGGGGGGGGGGGGGGCGGGGGGGGGGUGGGGGGGGGGGGGGGGGGAGUGGGGGUGGGGGGGAGGGGAGGGGGGGGGGUUUGGGGGGGGGGGGGGGGGGGGGGGGGUUUGGUGGAGAGGGGGGGAGGGGGGGGGUGGUUUGGUGGAGAGGGGGGGGGGGGGAGUGGUUUCCAGUUGGUGCUACGGCUAA